AUGUCUGCGCGAGCUCUGAACGCGAUAUUGCCCCAGAUUCCAACCGCGCCAUACGAAGCACACCAGAAGGCUCGUACGUUCGCGUCGCGCUAUGUCAAAUCAAACCAAUACGACACUGCGAUCGAUGUUCUCUUUCAGAGUGCCAGAGAAUUAUUCAAGAACGGGCAGGCAGGAAGUGGCACUGAUCUAGCUGGGUUCCUUCUGGACGUGUACGAGGCAAAAGGAGAGGAGGUAAGCGAGGAGAGCAAAGGAAGGCUCACGCAGUUGAUUGCCCUCGCCGGUCCUUCUGGAGGCUGGCGAAAGACCACAAUCGAUAAGUCAUUAGCAUGGUCAGCUAAGCACGGAACAUGCCCAGCUGGAGAUCCUGAUUUACAACAUUACGUUGGGGAGCUCCUUUACAGAGAGGGAUCGUUCGAAAAUGCUGAGUCGCAUUUUCUCUCUUCCGGCAAACGGGACAGUGCUCGCCUUCUGGCAGAGAUGUUUAUCCAAUGGGCUAUACCUGAGAAUGCCUUUGGCGUUUUUGCACUGAGGGGCACCAUACCAUAUCUGAUAAACGGGAAUGUACUAGCUGCGAAGACCUUCAUCAAACACUAUACCGCAGCACUUCCUGCUUCAGCGAAAUUGGAAUCAGAUUCAACAAUAGCAGUUGGAGACAAGGAUGAAGUAUUUAUGACGAAGGAUUCUCUUGUCAAUUUCUGUCAAAUGGCGGUGUUGACGUGCCAACGUGCUCAAGGCGACCAGAAUAAGGUGAUGAGGGAAAGUUGGGUACGGCUCUGUGGCACUUAUCAAGGGAAAGUCGGGCUGCUGGCGACGCCAGAGAUGCGAAGAUAUCUGAACGAAAUUGCUACUUUGUUCUUCGCGAUUCCGCCACCUCGGAAUCAAGCUGCGAACCCAUUCGGCGAGAUGAUGUCCUCUCUAUUCGGCGGUCCUACGCAGGGCCCACCCUCUCGGAGAGCGCUUGCUCCUGCCAAUGCAGGAUUAGACUAG